CGACAUACAUAGUUGCAUCAAAGCAUGCAGCCUUACCCAGACAUACACUGACAUGGCAGUGCCCCUCAAAUCAGGCUUUGAGCUGCAAGACGACCCCGCGACGCCCGCGACUGACGCGACAGUAUCAUUCCGCGAGCUCAUCCCGCCACCCGACCACCCAAGGAUCGCAGGCAUUGCCAACCACGACGCACACAGCUGGUGUGCGUCGCGGCGCUCGGUCUCGGCCCCCGCGUGGCUGAUUGAGCGGCUCGAGCUCUCGAAUCUCGAGCCAUACGUCGGCUUCAGCGCGGACGGCAAGCCGGAUCCCAGCGUGAUCACGUAUGGGGCGGACGAGGGUGCGCCCGUCCGCGAAGCGUUGGCGGAGGUGGAGAGCCUCCUAGCCGCCCUAUCCGAUAAGGAGCGGAGCGCGGUCUUGUGCGGAAGCGUCGACGACGACCAGUUCCGCGCAUGGUCCAACCCCGAGCUGUACGUCAACCCGGGCGGAAUUAGGCUGGACGAAACAACGCCGGCGGUGCAGGAUCUCGUGCACGGCGUGCUGCGAGCUUCGCUCUCGCCCGAGGGAUAUGCCAAGGCGAACGGGUGCAUGCUCACAAACCACUUUCUGGGCGAGCUCGUAAACGGGCCCCGGGUACUCAAUCGGCACUCGUACAAUUUCCGGCUGUUUGGGCAGCCCUCGGCCUCCGAGCCGUGGGGAUACACGUUCUUCGGACACCACCUGUGUCUUGCGGUGCUGUUUUGCGGGCCGCGCAUGGUCGUCGGCCCGACAUUUAUGGGUGCGGAGCCGGACCGGAUCGACGUCGGCCCACAUGCCGGCCUGCGCCUGUUUGCGCGCGAAGAGAUCGGGGGGUUGAACCUCAUGCGUGGCCUGAGUCCGGAGAACCAGAGGCGCGCACAGACGCACGAGGGAAUGACGUGCGCCGAGGGCCUGCCCCCCGACCGCUGGAAUCCUUUCGACGAGCGACACUUGGGCGGCGCGCGCCAAGAUAACCGCGUAGUACCGUACGAAGGGCUUCCUGUCAGCGCGAUGACGCCCGACCAGCGCGAGGAGGUGUAUGCUAUCGUCCAGGCGUUCAACGUCUAUCUCCCCCCUGGCCCGCUCGAGGCCAAGAUGCGCCGCGUGCGCGCCUUCGAGGACCAGACGUACUUUGCGUGGAUCGGGAAGUAUGGUCUCGGCGACCCAUACUACUUCCGCAUCCAUAGCCCGGUGGUGUUUGUCGAGUUCGACUUUCACUGCGGGAUCUUCCUGACCAAUACGUCGCCGGCAAAAUGCCACAUUCACACUGUGAAUCGGUUGCCGAACGGCGAGGACUACGGCAAGGCGUUGAUUGCCCAGUGGCGUAGGGAGACGAAGGCGCGGGAGCUGCUGUAGG